AUGAGUUGGCUUCGUUCAACGAGCCUCUCGUUCGCCCGACAGCUGUCGCGUUCCCUGGACCCUCGCCACGACUACGAGCCACACGCCUGCUACAACUCGUUCUGCAAACAUUGGCAACAAGCACACGAUAUUAUACUUAAAUCUCAGCCUCAACACCUCCACGAUGACGUCUUAGGCGUUGUUAACCACUUAGAACAGCUGACCACACUGCUGGUACUAGAAGCAAGAGCGAGAGAAAUCAACACAUCAACAAGUCCGGCCGCUUGCCUCGACUAUUUGCUUAGUGAAAACCUACUGGACAAAUUGUACGAGUGGGCUGUGUGUACUGGCAAAUACGAAAAUGUCGUACGAUUGGAACAACUUAAGCUAUUCAGGAACCUCAUCACCCAUUAUAGCACGCAGGUGAUAGCUGCAGAACCAUUAUUAAGGCCACUGCUCAAACUGCUUAGCGGAUUCAGGAACGAGUUACCACCGCCUAAUGUUGAGACUGAAUUGGUGACGGUUUUGAACCAGCUAUGUGUGGCGUUGAUGCAGAAUAUGAAUUUUAUUGAUUUGUUUUUCUUAACGACGCACACGCAAAAAGGGUCACAGGCCGAGUUUAUCAUAGUCCGUCUAUUAUUAGCGUCCGUCCACCGUGAAGGUAGCACAGGGUCGACAGCAAGGGACGCCUUGCUGUUAUGUGCUAAGAUGUCCGCCAGGUGUCCGGAGCUGGCUGACUUCAUGUUGUCCGGAAACACCUGCCCAGUACUAGCUACAGGUCUUAGCGGUCUCUACUCUCUUCUGCCGCGUACGCUAAACGAUGAUAUCUACCGGCUCACGCCCGACGAUGUUAACCAAGUACACAAAUUAACGCUGUUUAUCGACUCCUUGGAGUUUUGUAAUGCUGUUGCUCAGGUUGCCCACCCAUCUAUAAAGAAGCACCUCCUAGAUCUGCUCUACCAAGGAUUUCUUGUCCCAGUGAUGGGUCCCGCACUGUUACAGACGAAAAGGGGCGCAUUGCAGAGUGGAGCGAACGAGCAGGCGGCUGCCAUGGCGUACCUGGAACUGCUGCUACGAUGUGUGACGCGGUGGGGCUUGUUGAAGACUGUGCUACACUUUCUCUUUGUAUACGAGUAUGACGGAGUGCGGGUUAUUGAUGUGCUCCUUAGAAGACUCGAAGGAAACUCGCAGCUGUCCAUGGUCUCUCUUGCGCUCAUGGAAACUCUCAUCGACCUGAACUGCGAGGAUGUAAUGAUAGACUUGGUAUAUAAGUACCUAGUCAAUGGACAACAUCUCAUACUCAAUAAGCACAAGAUCACCGAGCCCUCACAGUACAGGGAUGCUGCUGUGGCAUUUUUAAGUUUAUCGCCAAAAUGCUGUUCUAGGCCUAUGGAAAGGACAAAGCAAUGGUGCGAUGAGCUAGCAAUCAGUGGGCGAAGAGUACUGGACUUCAAUGAAGAGAGGAGAAUAAACGGAGUGCACGAUGGACUACCGAUGAGUAAUCUAGCCCAUGAAACUAAAGUUAACUAUGGAAACCCCAACGAAACAUUAUACGGUAACUACCAUGCUUAUAUUUGCGACUCACGAUUUCAAAUAGUAACCCGACUACUAGCGUGUUCAAAUUGGACAUCGAAAUAUGACUGCAUAUUACAUAAACGCGAAACGAACAACAAUACGAAAGAAACAGGGGAUGCACAAACCCUUACGAAAGAGCAGGACAGCCUGUUAUCUUGUACUAGUGGCUACGAGACUAAAACAAGUGAUAGUUCCGAGAAUCAACCUCAUAGCUUGACGUCAUUGAACGAACAAGAUGAAGCCAAGAAUGAACCAGUGAGCGAAGUAUUGAAUGAAGGAAAAGAGCACGAUAGUCUCACAUCUUUGGGAGAGAGUAGUGGUUAUGAAAGCAUUAAGUAUAAAGAAGGAGAAGACAGUGAAGGUUUUGCUGAAGAACUAUUUAUAAAGAGUGUAAGGAAGAAACAAGUAACGGAAUAUAAUGGAGAGCCUUUGGCAAGAAAUUGGAGGGCCAGCGCCGAGUCAAGUGUCGGCCCAUUGGUCAGUAGUUUGCUGAAGAAAACCUCAACUCUCUUAGAAUCUGACUUGGUAACGAACUGUAGAGUGACCAGUGUGCUCUCUAAAUUGUCGUCGUUGCCCACGCCGUUGCUGACCUCUAUGAUGCUGUGUCCCAAUGUUGGGUUACAGCCUAACGUGCCUUCGCUGUUUCAAACGUUAAGCAAACUAAAAGAGGAAGUAGACGAGUUGACGGAGGGUUUGCCUAAUACUGAAGAGCUAGUGGACAAAGCGAGGGUUUUCCUUAUACAGAGAGAGAUGGCGCUGGUCAAGACCAGGUCACAGAGUAACGAUGACACUCAUGGCCAAAAUGCAUCGCCAGCGCAGAGACCUGACGAUUCACCUUUUAAGCGUAUGGAGUCCAAGCGAAGGAGCUUCUCAAAUAGCCUGUCUAAUAUAUUUGGCAGAAGAUUGUCUUCUUCGUCACCUUCGCAAAACCACGCGCACAGUCCACAAAACACCACCCACGCUAGUCCACAAAAACGUCCAAUAUUUACGCAAGAAUCAUAUUGGAAUCAAUCCAUAACUCUUCGUUCAAUACUAAACGCGGUCAUUCUAGACGAAUGGCUAAAGGAGUUAGCGGCCCUAUGUGAAGAACAUGCUUUAAGAUUAUCUGCAGAAAAUUACGAAGAUGAGAUUUACAUAGAGUCCGUGGCUUUAUGA